CUUCCUCCUCCUGUUUGGCUUCUGUCUCACCUAGAGGCGUCCGGUCGCAGACUCUCUCCGAGGCGCUUCCUGUCCGGUGAGCGUCGAACGACUGAAGCCGUGGCCCAUAGUGCAUUGCGAUGGCGGGUAGGCGUGUGUAGGCGGAGCCAGGGCCGGAAGUAGAACGGUGGCGGCGGCGGUGACUCUGGCAGCUCGGGACUCAGUGCAAGUACCAGAGACUCAACCAUGAUUCUUCAGAGGAUCUUCAGGCUCUCCUCUGUCCUUCGGUCAGCCGUCUCUGUGCAUUUGAGGAGGAACAUUGGUGUGACGGCUGUGGCAUUUAAUAAGGAUCUUGAUCCUAUACAGAAACUCUUCGUGGACAAGAUAAGAGAGUACAAAUCAAGGCGACAGACAUCUGGAGGACCUGUUGAUAUUGGCCCAGAAUAUCAGCAAGAUCUGGACAGAGAGAUUUAUAAGCUUAGACAAAUGUAUGGUAAAGGAGAGAUGGAUAAGUUUCCUACCUUCAAAUUUGAAGAUCCCAAAUUUGAAGUCAUCGACAAACCCCAGUCCUGAGGAACAUAUAAAAUCCUUGUGGUAAUUUGUUAUGAAUUAGUUGUACAACUAAUCUAAAAAAUUCAAAUAAACAUUCAUUUCACAGUUA